GAAGCGGGAUUGGUCAACAGCAGCUGACCGCGCCCUCAACCCAUAUAAGCUACCUACCAAACUAUUACCAUCAAGUGUCGGGGGAAUGACGGCUCUGCUGCCGCUGCUGCUGCUGCUGCUGCUGCCCUCGGUGCGGCGGAGGAGAGAAAGCAUCUUUGUUUGUACAGAGAAGCUCUGGGCUUCCCUGCCCGCCUGCCUCCAUCGACACAGCAACAUCUGAAGAUAAGAAUAUCCUUUCUGAAGACAGAGGUCGCUUAUUCAUCUGCCGCAUUCAUCUCUGCUCAAUUUAGGAUUUGUUUCCCCCCCCUUUCCCCCCUCCUCCUCUUCCUCCUCCUCUCUUCUCUCUCCCUCUCUUUUGCCUGGCUGGAAUAAUCAAACCCUCCCUGUAUCCAUGUGUCGGAUCGCUGGAUGAUGCACAGGAUGUUGGGAUGCUGAGGAGAAUGGAGGCUGUACCUAGGCCGCGUGCCUAGCUAACCCAUGAAGAACUGACAGGAACAGUGCUGGAUGGAGGCCAAGACACUGGAUGGCGAAGACGAGGAAUCACGCAGUGCUGUUUGUUCUCUUUCUCAGCCAAUCCAAAGUAGAUGCAAAGUGUUCUGUAAUGUGCCUCGGCUGUUCACUCUGUCACGUGUCACCCAAGGAGAGAUGGCAAAAAGAAUCAGGAUAGACAGUCAAGGCUAAACAAACUCUUAUUUCUGCAAACUGUAGGGUUUUAAAACAAUUCUAGAUAUAUAGAUAGCUUUUCCUCACAGCUGUCUGUUGGAUUCAUUGGAACUAGAGGCCUACACUAGAUAAUAGAUAGUCAGCAUCAUGUGCAGCUGUAAAGGAGCAGCUUCCUGGUUAUUGUUAGCUGGAUUGGUGCUAACAGGAAUAGCUUUGGAAUAUGAGGGGGUUCCUGGUCAGUGGACACGUUAUGGCCAGUGGGAUGCUAAGACAACAGGUGAGCUGAGCUUUAUUCUCAAAACCAACAUCAGCAAAGCCCUGGUUCUCUAUCUCGAUGACGGGGGAAACUGUGACUUCCUGGAGCUUCUCAUUGCGGACGGGAGGCUUCAGUUGCGGUUUACCAUUCAUUGCGCAGAACCCGCCUCCCUGCACACGGAGACCCACAUCAACGACCAGCGCUGGCACAGAGUCCUCCUCGCUCGUAAUUACAGAGAGACCAAGCUGGUGGUGGACAACGAGGAGAAAGCGACUGACGUGAAGUCCAAGAGAAAAGAGAUGGUAGUGGUUAGCGACCUCUACGUAGGGGGAAUCUCACCUGACGUGCGCCUCUCGGCCCUGACUUCCAGCACUGUCAAAUAUGAGCCACCCUUCCAGGGCUUUAUUGCCAAUUUAAAACUAGGGGAAGCGCUACCAAUACUGCUGGAUGGUCAAGCUGUCCAUAAUGAUCUGGAGUAUAUAUGUGACACACAUUCUCCAUGUAGCAACAAAGGUCUGUGCUCCAUCGACCAGGGAGAGGUUUUCUGCGACUGUAUCAGUACUGGCUACCGGGGAAGGUACUGCCAAGAAGCUGUCCAGAGAGAAGUAGAAGGUCUGGCGCACCUGAUGUUAAACCGCCAAGUUAUUCGCCAAGGGCAGGAGGAGUCAGUGGCCACCUUUAAAGGCAAUGAGUUCUUCAGCUACAACCUAUCCCAGACUCCCAUUCAGAGUAACCUGGACGAGAUCACGCUGUCCUUCCGGACGCUGCAGAGGAACGCCUUGCUGCUCCACACGGGGAAGUCAGCUGACUAUGUCAACCUGUCUCUGAAGAAUGGCGCUCUGUGGCUGGUCAUCAACCUGGGCUCUGGGGCUUUUGAAGCCCUGGUGGAACCAACCAGUGGGAGGUUUAAUGACAAUAUCUGGCAUGAUGUUCGUGUGACGCGCAACCUCCGUCAGGUGACGAUCUUGGUGGACGGGAUUCUCACCACCACUGGCUACACCCAGGAGGACAACACCAUGCUGGGCUCUGAUGAUCUCUUCUACAUAGGGGGGAGCCUAAACACAGCUGACCUGCCAGGCUCCCCGGUCAGCAACAACUUCAUGGGCUGUCUGAAAGAUGUGGUCUACAAGAAUAAUGAGUUUAGACUCGAGCUGUCACGGCUGGCUGAACAGCGAGACCCCAAGAUCAGUAUCCAUGGUGACCUGAUAUUCAGCUGCGAGGAUGUGGAAGCCCUGGAGCCGGUCACCUUCGACACGCCGUCUGCCUACUUGACAUUGCCCAGGUGGAACACAAAGAAAACGGGGUCCAUAUCUUUCGACUUCCGCACCACAGAGCCCAGCGGCCUUAUGCUGUUCAGCCAUGGCAGCCUGCAGGGCACGCAGCCUGAUAGGAAGCCCCGGGCCGACUUCUUUGCCAUCGAGCUGCUCGACGGAUUUCUCUUCCUCGUCAUGGAUAUGGGCUCUGGCAGCAUCAAGAUGAAAGCCAGUAGCAAGAGGCUCAAUGAUGGCGAAUGGUGCCAUGUGGACUUCCAGAGAAAAGGGCGCAAUGGCUUUAUUUCAGUGAACAGCCAGAGCAUCCCCUUUUCUGCUAAUGAAGGCAGUGAGAUCCUUGACCUGGAUGGGGACAUGUAUCUUGGAGGUUUGCCAGAGGAUCGUCAAAACCUCAUGCUGCCCCCUGAGGUAUGGACGGCGUCCCUCGGCCUCGGCUACGUGGGCUGUGUGAGGGACCUGUUCAUUGAUGGACAGAGCCGUAACCUCCGGAGACUGGCAGAAAUUCAAAGCGCCACAGGUGUCAGCAGCUUCUGCACCAGGGAGACUCACGUCAGGUGUACCAGAGACACAUGUGCCAAUGGUGGACACUGCAAAGAGGGCUGGAAUCGCCAUAUUUGUGACUGCAACAGUACUGGGUACCUAGGCCCCAGCUGCGAGAAGGAGGCCACCAUGGUGAGCUAUGACGGCAGCAUGUAUCUAAAAGUGGUACUGCCGAGGACGCUGCACACAGAGGCCGAGGACGUGUCUCUGCGCUUUAUGUCCCAGAGGGCCUAUGGACUGCUGAUGGCCACCACCUCCCAGCAGUCUGCAGACACCUUGCGCUUGGAGCUGGAUGGAGGCAGAGUGAAACUCACUGUGAACCUGGAUUGUAUCAGGAUAGGCUGUAAUCUCAGCAAGGGACCAGAGAUACUCCUUGUAGGCGAGAAGCUGAAUGACAACGAGUGGCACACAGUGAAAGUGGUGCGGCGUGGGAAGAACUUGCAGCUUUCUGUAGACAACGUGACUGUGGAAGGCCACAUGACCGGCGCCCACACCCGCCUGGAGUUCAACAACAUCGAGACGGGGAUCAUGAGCGAGCGUCGUUUCAUCUCUGUGGUGCCUUCCAACUUCAUCGGACAUUUGCAAGCCCUCUCCUUCAAUGGGAUGCUCUAUUUGGACCAGUGCAAGAAUGGAGACAUCUCCUACUGCGAGCUGAAUGCUCGGUUUGGCAUGAGGCACAUUGUUGCCAAUCCUGUAACUUUCCUAACGCAGGCCAGCUACUUGGCUUUUUCCACUCUACAGGCCUACGCCUCCAUGCACCUCUUCUUCCAGUUCAAGACCACUAGCCCCGACGGGCUGAUCCUUUACAACUCCGGAGAUGGAAGUGACUUCAUUGUGGUUGAGCUAGUCAAAGGGUACAUCCAUUAUGUUUUUGACUUGGGAAAUGGGCCGUCACUAAUGAAGGGAAACUCUGACAAGCCACUAAAUGACAACCAGUGGCACAAUGUGGUGAUUUCCCGUGACAACAACAAUGUGCACAUCCUCAAGAUUGAUUCCCGCACUGUCACCCAGCACUCCAAUGGAGCCCGCAACCUGGAUUUGAAAGGGGAGCUGUACAUUGGAGGUGUUGGGAAGAGCAUGUACAGCAGCUUGCCCAGGCUAAUAGCAUCCCGGGAAGGAUACAAGGGCUGCCUGGCAUCUGUGGACUUGAAUGGAAGACUCCCUGACCUCCUAGCAGAUGCCCUACACAAGGUGGGGGAGGUGGAGCACGGCUGUGGAGGUCCCAGCACCACCUGCACAGAGGACUCCUGCCACCACCAGGGAGUGUGCCUACAGCUGUGGGAGGGCUUCUCCUGUGACUGCACCAUGACCACCUACGGGGGGCCUUUCUGCAGUGACCCUGGCACCACAUAUAUCUUCGGGAAAGGCGGAGCUCUCAUCACAUUCACCUGGGCCCCCAAUGAGCGCCCGAGCACCCGAGCUGACCGCUUAGCCGUGGGCUUCAGCACUCAGCAGAAGGAUGCCAUCUUGGUGCGAGUGGAGAGCACCCAUGGGCUUGGAGACUAUCUUCAGCUACACAUAGAUCAAGGCAACAUUGGUGUCAUCUUCAAUGUGGGGACAGAUGACAUCACUAUUGAUGAGCCUGCUGUCAUAGUUAAUGAUGGCAAGUACCAUGUUGUACGCUUCACACGCAGUGGUGGCAAUGCCACUCUCCAGGUGGACAACCAUCCAGUCAUUGAGCGUUACCCACCAGGACACUAUGAUAAUGAACGACUGGCUAUUGCUAGGCAAAGAAUCCCAUACAGACUUGGUCGGGUAGUUGACGAGUGGCUACUCGAUAAAGGGAGACAGUUGACCAUCUUUAACAGCCAGGCAGCCAUUAAAAUUGGCGGUUCUGACAAAGGGCGGCCCUUCCAGGGUCAGAUUUCAGGGCUGUAUUACAAUGGUCUCCAGGUGCUCAAACUGGCAGCGGAAAAUGACCCCAGUGUACAGGUGGAGGGGAACCUGCGGCUGGUCGGAGACUCGCUCUCCGUGGUGACCACCGACACCACCUCCGUCACCCCGCUGGCGGUGUCUGAUAUGUCUACCACAAUCAUGGAAACUACCACCACGAUGGCCACCACCACCACCCGCAGGCAGCGGUCGCCCAGCUUGAGGGAGAGCAUCUCAAAGCCACAGAACUCUGAUGAUAUUUUGGUGGCAUCAGCUGAGUGUCCAAGUGAUGAUGAGGACCUGGAAGAGUGUGAACCGGGAACAGGAGGUGAAUUAGUGUUGCCUAUUAUAACAGUGGAUUCCCUUGAGCCCCCAUCCAUCGCCACCCGUUACCCCGUCAUCCCUCCUCCUCCUACCCUCCUAUCCCCACUUGAAACCACCAAAGAGUCCCUGAUACUCCCUCCCCACCCUUCCUGCCCCCCGGACCAGGAGGACUGUGGUGACCCUGUGGAGGUCUCAGCCUUCGGCUCUGGGGAGAUGACGGAAUCCGAUGACGAGGACUUUUACAAUAAUAACUCCCCCUUGGUCACUGACAGGACAGUCCUUCCUCCACCCCCUGCUGCUGGUGAUGGUGGAGUCCAGAAACCCCGCCCCUUACCUCCUUUUGUUCCCACCACCAACCCUGACCAGCUCCACAUUCCUGCAGGCAAAAUGAACACCCGUGACCAGGUGCUUCUGCCCCCUGUUCCUCCAUCCUCCCGAAACACACCAGGACUAACUUACCCCCCCAAUUUUCCCCAUGUGCCCACAGCCAACCCCACAGCCUCUGAUGAUAAGAGCCUGCCUGGUGCCGUGGAGGUGAUAAGGGAGUCCAGUAGCACCACGGGGAUGGUGGUUGGUAUCGUGGCUGCUGCUGCUCUCUGCAUUCUUAUCCUCCUCUAUGCCAUGUACAAGUACCGGAACCGGGAUGAGGGCUCCUACCAGACAGACCAGAGCCACAAUUUUGCCAACAAUUCCACUGCGGAGGGCAACGGAGCAGUGGUCAAAGACAAAAACACAGCGACAGCCUCUGUGGCAAAGGCCAUCACAAAGGGCAAAAAGAACAAAGACAAAGAAUACUACGUCUGAAAUCACAGGAGAGUAGGCAAGUGUGGGCUGAGACGAGAGGAUGAGAGAGGAUGCUUUCGUUUCGCGCCCCUAUAUUGUCAGGUCGACUAUCAGAAAAAUUCCACACAAGAAAAAAAAAAGAAAAGAAACAACAACUGCGCAAAGCAAUUGUGUCCUGCUUUUACAUUUUUCUCAAAAGUCAAGGUUGCCCAGUUCCUAUUAAUGAUAAAUUCUUAUCUACGGCACAAGAUCUGACUCAUCCUCUGUAUCACAAUGUGCACUCGGUCUGCAUUCACCAAUUCCUUAUUAGUGUAUCAUUUUUUUAUGUUUUUAACAAGCUCGAAGGAGGCAUAUCCACUUUGGCUUUGUAUAUAGCAUGGAUAUGGCACCGUGAAGAAAGUGCUGAAAAACAUCUGGUUUCUUUGUACUUCUUUGUAAUGCCCUAUCUCAAGUCUCAAUGUCCCCAUUAUGAUGUAUGAGGCUGAACAGCCCAGCUAUUGAAUUUUGAUGGUAGAUGAACAGAGAGCACAACAGUCAUCCUGGCUACACUCGAACAGAAGGCCUUCAUUUGGAUAAGACAUCAUGUCUGCAGUCUACAUGUUAUUUCAUGUGAUUUUAAAACUCCCCACUCACUCUGCCUCUAUCCACAAGAGAUGGUACCGUGUUGCUGAUGGCUUAUCGUAAAGUAAAUGAAGCAAGAUAUUUAGCCCUCCUGGUGAAAAAAGGAAUUUUCAAAUCCUUCUCCAUAUUCUGGCCAGUGAACCUUAUAGUAUGAUGGCUCAGAAAGAGAAUUAAUAUCAGAUAUUGCAGUCAAUGUGCCAUGCCACUCCAGGUAGGGAUGAUUGUGAGCAAGUCAUUCUACACCAGUGAAGGUAUUUAUCCGUGAACACUGCUUGUAUGUACAUAUAGUGGUUAGCAGAUUGAAAAAGCAUCGUGUUCGCAGGGAAGGUAUAAAGAAGAAUAAUCAUGUGAGAUGCUAUGCUUGGCCCGCCCCCGCAACACAGCUUUUCAUGACAACUUCAAAACUGUUUCAGCCCGAACUUUACACGAAUUUUCAAGAGCUCAGAAUCACAUUUGAGAGUGUUUUCUGAUUGCUUCUUGGAAAGAGGAAACCAACACACCUCACCAGAUGCUGGCUCGCUCAUAAUGUUUUCUUUCUUCUAAACUGUCUUGGGAUAAUUCAGAAGCACACAGAAAAUGUAAACAUAUCUUUGAAGCAUAGAUAUUCCUUGUAAAGCAGCCAAACAUGUAUUGUUUUUUUUUUCUAUCGGUUAUUAAAAGACUAUUCUACAAGAUGAAUAAUUGAAGAUUUGUGAAUUGUAUUGAUAUUUCUCUGAUAUUUCAAUGUAUCUUGUUACCACUCCUCUUAACACGUUAUAUUUUAGAUUGCCUUUUACUCAAAUCCGGACUAAAAGCACACUUUUUCCUCUGAUAGCUGCAAAUAUCGUUUGGGUUUUUUGGGGGGGAUUAUUUACGGUACAGAUUAUGCAGAGAAAACACAAGGGUGGAACAAACAGAUGUUUUGUUUUGUUGCAUUGUGCAUUUUAUAUGUGCUAAAUCUGUUACUCAAUGGAUCUGAUAAUAUAAAGCCAUUUUCUCUGUUGAGUUAUUUAUUCAUGCUCUGUGAUUUCCUGUUCUUUUUUUUAUGAAAGUGCCAUUCGACAUGAGCUGCUCAGUGCUCAGAAAAUAUACCAUUCCUCACUCAUUGCUAUUGUAUAGUGUUCAUGUGAAAUGGAUCUUAAUAUGUGUACAGAACGUGGAUAAAGAUGAAAAUACACUUGAUUAUAUACUUUGUA